UUUCUCAUUUGCCUCACCAUAUUUUCCCAAACAAGAAUAUUCCCAAUGUUCUUCAAUUUUUUCAUACUAGUAGCUCUCUUUUUAGUUGAUUUUUCACCAGCUUCUUGUGAAGUUGAUGCAUUCAUUUUCAAUGGAUUCCAAUCAGCUAAUCUUAGCUUGGAUGGCAUAGCACAGUUCACAUCUACUGAUCUUUUGUUGUUAACAAAUUCAGGAACACAAAAUCAGGGCCAUGCUUUCUAUCCAAAUCCAAUUCAUUUCAAGAACUCACCUAAUGGUUCUGUAUUUUCUUUCUCCACUACUUUCGUGUUCGCGAUAAGGUCUGAUUAUGGAAAUUUGAGUGGUCAUGGACUGGUUUUCGUUAUCGCGCCACAUAAAGGACUUCAGGGGUCUUUGGCAAAUCACUAUCUUGGUCUUUUUAACUCUAAUAAUAAUGGGAAUGGAUUAAACCAUGUCAUUGGAGUUGAGCUCGAUACAAUCUAUAGCGAGGAUUUUGGUGAUAUCAAUGACAAUCAUGUUGGAAUUGAUAUAAAUGGAUUGAGGUCUGUAGCAAUUCACACAGCAGGUUAUUUUGAUGAUACUGGUUUUUUUCAUAACUUGACUUUAAUUAGUGGCAAAGAAAUGCAAGUUUGGAUUGAUUACGAUGGGAGGACUAAGCAAAUGAAUGUAACAGUAGCUCAGUUACAUAUGGAAAAACCAGUUAGACCACUUUUGGCUUUGAAACAUGAUCUUUCGUCGAUUCUUGAUCAGACUAUGUAUGUUGGUUUUUCAUCCUCAACAGGUUCAGUCCCAACACAUCAUUAUAUCUUGGGAUGGAGCUUCAAGACAAAUGGGAAAGCUCAAGAACUCUCGCAACUUCCUGAGCUUCCUCGUCUUGGGAGUAAAGGGACAUCAAGAUUUGUAACGAUUGGUUUGCCUAUAAUCUCGUUGGUUUCAGUUGUUGCAGCUGUGUUAGCGGUGGUUUAUUAUGUAAGAAGGAAGAAGUAUGAAGAAAUUCAUGAAGAUUGGGAACGCGAGUAUAGACUACAAAGGUUUAAGUAUAAAGAAUUGUACAUUGCUACUAAGGGAUUCAGAGAAAAGGAGGUAUUGGGAGCUGGAGGAUUUGGUAAAGUUUAUAAAGGAGUGAUGCCUAUCACUAAACUUGAGAUAGCUGUAAAGAAGAUAUCUCAUGAAUCAAGACAAGGUAUGAAGGAAUUUAUUUCGGAGAUUGUAAGCAUUGGUCGUAUGCAACACAGGAAUGUAGUACAACUAUUGGGUUAUUGCAGGCGAAAAGGGGAGUUGAUUUUGAUAUAUGAAUACAUGUCUAAUGGAAGUCUAGACAAGUAUUUAUACGAUCAACCAAGAUACACCCUCGAUUGGAACCAAAGAUUCAGAGUCAUUAGAGGUGUAGCCUCUGGACUUUUUUUCCUACACGAAGAAUGUGAUCACGUAGUGAUUCAUAGAGAUGUUAAGGCCAGUAACGUCUUGUUAGAUGGUGAACUAAAUGGCAAGUUAGGAGAUUUUGGACUCGCGAGGCUAUAUGGUCAUGGGACCGAUCCUCAGUCUACUCGUGUUGUUGGUACUCUUGGUUACCUUGCACCAGAGCAUACUAGAACUGGCAGGGCAACACCUAGUAGUGAUGUAUUUUCAUUUGGGGCAUUUCUGCUUGAAGUUGCAUGUGGUAGGAGGCCGAUACAGCCAAGACAAGACGGUGAUGAUCUGAUUUUGGUCGAUUGGGUGUUCUCGUGCUGGAAUAGGGGUAAUAUACUUGAUGCUGCUGAUCCAAACAUAGGCAUUGAUUUUGUUCCAGGACAAGUGGAGUUGGUCUUAAAGUUAGGCUUGUUCUGUUCUCAUUCAGAUCCUUCGUGUAGGCCAACCAUGCGACAAAUCUUGUUGUUCUUGGAUGGUGUUGUGGCCUUACCAGAGUUAUCAGAACUCGGUGUUUCAUCAGCUAACCUAACAUUUGAACAUCGCGGAGGUUUUGAUGAUUUUGUCAAGUCGUAUCCAACUUCUUUGGGCUAUGCAUAUUCCGGCUCUCCAUCUGUAACAGACUCCUUUCUCUCUGGUGGCCGAUGAUUACUAAUGUAUUGAGCCUGGUAAAUAUAAUCUUGUUUUGGUGGAUUAUGUAUUGGUAAAUUAGAGUAACUUCUGGUGAAAUACUAUACACCUUCUCUUCUGAUCCAGAAUUCAAUAUUUGAAACAUUUUAUGUAGAAUGAAUCUACUCAUGAAGCAUGUAAUAGAAUGAUUCAGGCUUUGAUAGUACAGUUUACAAUGGAACAAUUAAUAUACAGAGAUAAGUACUU